CCCCCACCCCUUUUCUCUCUUAUUCCCUAUCCCUUUCUCUCUCCCCUCCUUCCUUCCCCCCUCCCCUCCUCCUUCACUUUUUCUAGCCAGGACUGAAAUCCACAUUAUUGCAAGGAAGAGGAGAGACUGGGGGGAGGGAAACGCAAGCAAGGCUCAUUGAAACUGAACCCCCAACCGAAGCUUAGGGGGGAAGGAGAGGGAGAAGAACGGAAGCCCAUUCGCAGCUCGAGUUGGGUCCUAGCUUUUUGUUGUUACAAUAAUAAUUUUUUUUUGCGGGGGGGAUCUGUUUUUGAGUGAGUGUUGUCUCUGUGUGUGUGUGUGUAUGCAAUUUUCCCCUCCCUUCCUCGCUCGCUUUCUCUGUCUCAGAGCAGAGAUCUAAGUCGAAUUGAAGAACAGAGAGACAGAAGACGGGAAGCAAAAAGGAGGAAAAGCAAAAUUGCAGCAUUUGCCUACGGAGGUCCAGUCCCAUCUUCAACCAAGGAAGACUGGGCCCCGGGAACCCAAGAUUCCCGGAACUCCAAGCUCAGCGAUUCUAGAUCCGAGAGCCGAGAAAGCAGUACUCGGGCUGGCCGAGGAGAAAGCCAGAAACCCCAAGGACUAUCUGCUCUUGCCUCCCAGUGAAGGCGGCCGGGAGGGACGUGCCACGACCAGUGGAAAAACAGGACCCAGGGGUGCCCACCGCCCUGAGUGAUUAUGCCUCAUCUUGGAAGUUUUUAGAAAGCAGUCCCCCACUCCUCCUUUACGAAAUAUAGACUUAAUCUAAAACAUCUCUCUCGUCCCCACCAUCUGAAGGAGGUGAUUCUGGGUUCCUGUGGGGUCUCCCUUCUUUUAACGAUGUACUAUUAAAAAGAGGGAGGGGGCACCUGAGUGAGGACUCGAGUGCAACAGCCCGAGCCCCGAUCCCAGUCAGCAGAGCGGCGGCUGAGCCUCCCCAUGAGAGAGCCGGUCAUCCCUGGGACAAGCAUGGCUUACCACCCUUUCUUACCUCACCGGGCUCCGGACUUCGGCAUGAGCGCCGUGCUGGGACACCAGCCUCCCUUCUUCCCGGCUCUCACCCUGCCUCCCAAUGGGGCUGCGGCGCUCUCACUGCCAGGGGCUCUGGCCAAGCCCAUUAUGGAUCAAUUAGUCGGGGCCGCCGAAACCGGCAUCCCCUUCUCCUCCCUGGGUCACCAGGCGGCGGCUCAUCUGAGGCCUCUGAAAACCCUGGAGCCCGAGGAAGAGGUCGAGGACGACCCCAAGGUCCAUCUAGAAGCCAAGGAGCUUUGGGAACAAUUCCAUAAAAGAGGGACCGAGAUGGUGAUCACCAAAUCCGGAAGGAGAAUGUUCCCUCCGUUUAAAGUGAGAUGUACUGGGUUGGAUAAAAAGGCCAAGUAUAUUUUGUUGAUGGACAUUGUAGCUGCGGACGAUUGUAGAUAUAAAUUCCAUAAUUCCCGGUGGAUGGUUGCGGGCAAGGCUGACCCUGAAAUGCCCAAACGAAUGUACAUUCAUCCCGACAGUCCUGCGACAGGCGAGCAGUGGAUGUCCAAAGUGGUCACUUUUCACAAACUGAAACUGACCAACAAUAUUUCUGACAAACAUGGAUUUACCAUUUUAAACUCCAUGCACAAAUACCAGCCUAGGUUCCACAUUGUUAGGGCCAAUGAUAUCCUGAAACUUCCCUAUAGUACAUUUCGGACGUAUGUGUUCCCUGAGACAGAAUUCAUCGCUGUGACCGCAUACCAGAAUGAUAAGAUAACACAGUUAAAAAUUGACAACAACCCCUUUGCCAAAGGGUUCCGAGAUACCGGGAAUGGCAGGCGGGAGAAGAGAAAGCAGCUGACUUUGCAGUCCAUGAGAGUGUUUGAGGAGAGACAUAAGAAGGAAGCCGGGACCUCCGAUGAAUCCUCCAGUGAGCAGACAGCUUUCAAAUGUUUUGCCCAAUCCUCUUCCCCAGCAGCUGUCUCCACAGUUGGUACGUCUAAUCUCAAAGAUCUGUGCCCUAGUGAGGGAGAGAGUGAUGCUGAAAGCAAGGAAGAGCCCCCUGAGGCCAGUGACAUGGGAAAAAUCUCUACCACCACAUUGGAGGAGCCUUCCAAAGACAAGGGCACCUCACCCUCCAAGGCCCACCUCUUCUCAUCGGAGAGAGAUCGAGAUAGGGAUCGGGACCGGGAUAGGGAUCGAGAUCGAGACCGGGCCAGGGAAGGGGUACGGCUGGAAAAGAACUCCCCAGAUUCUCGUCAUAGCCCAGCUGCCAUCUCCUCCAGCACCCGAAGCUCGGGCUGUGAGGAUCGAAAGAGCCCUGGCCGGGAAGGGGUGCCCAAGGCCCCUGAGGAAGGGCGCCCAGUGCUCUCGGGAAAGGAGACCUUCACUCCUCUCACAGUGCAGACGGACAGCUCAUCACACCUAAGCCCAGCUCACCUCCCGAACCUGGCCUUCCCCCCUGGCCUGGCUAGCCAACAGUUCUUUAGUCCCCUGGGCAAUGGCCAUCCUCUCCUCCUGCACCCCAGCCAGUUUGCUAUGGGGGGAGCCUUCUCCAGCAUGGCGGCUGGUGUGGGGCCCCUGCUGGCCACCGUGUCUGGAGCUUCCACGGGAGUCCCCGGCUUGGACACCACGGCCAUGGCCACUGCAGCCGCCCAGGGACUAUCAGGGGCCUCUGCAGCAGCCUUGCCCUUCCACCUCCAGCAGCACGUCCUAGCCUCUCAGGGACUGGCCAUGUCGCCUUUCGGAAGCCUCUUCCCCUACCCUUACACGUACAUGGCAGCGGCUGCAGCUGCCUCCACUGCAGCGGCUGCUUCCAGCUCCGUCCACCGGCACCCUUUCCUGAACGCAGUGAGGCCCAGACUUCGCUACAGCCCAUACUCCAUCCCUAUGCCCCUUCCUGACAGCAGCAGCCUGCUCACGCCAGGUCUCCCUUCGAUGGCUGCGGCGGCAGCUGCGGCAGCGGCAGCAACGUCGGGCAGCGUGCUGGAGAGCAAAGCGGCCAAUUUAGCCGCCAGCCCCGCCUCGGUGGCUUUGGACUCGGGCUCUGAACUCAAUAGCCGGUCUUCUACCAUCUCCUCUGGCUCUGUGUCCUUGUCCCCAAAACUCUGCCCCGAGAAGGAGCCCUCCACCAGCGAACUGCAGAGCAUCCAGCGUCUAGUGAGCGGCCUGGAGUCGAAGCAAGACAGAUGCCGCAGCGGAUCCCCCUAAUGGCCUGCACCUCAAUCCCAGAGUUCCAAGAAAGCGGACCCAUUGAGGUGGGGGCGAAGGAUGGGCGCAGAAGUGAAUUGGGGUGAGGGCGUCCUCAUCUUUAGUUCUUGUGUCUCAUUCCAAAUCAUUCUCGCAGUGCACUUUGUAAAACUAUGGUGAAGUCCCUCACAUGGCCCUGUGGCCACAGCAACCCCUCUGGAAAGGGCUGGGCCGGGGCCCAGCUGAGGCUGAGGCUUGAAGGGGGUGGGGGUGGGGGAAGAAGGUUUAAUGGAAGAAAAGACCUAAAAGCUGCUAUGUUUCAGAACCAUGCUCUCAUUGAAAGGUCAUGUUUGUCCCGUAGAAAGCAGAGAUGGCCAAGUUCAUCUCCAGAGCUGUUUGGUUUUUUUUUGUUUGUUUUUGUUUUUGUUUUUCCCCACUCAGUGUGUAAAAUAGACUAAAUGAAAUAA